AUGGAGCCCCCAUUAGGAAAAGUUCAGCAGAGUAAACAGCAGACGGGCACUCAAGGGGCAGUUUUCCUUACCUGCAUCUGCCGCUCCACCAAGAGACAGAGGUUUCACUGCGUGCGAGGAGGCAGCAGGGAAACGAUCGCUCCCGGUGCCUCCCCCGGCGAGAGUCAGGCCCUUUGCUGUCGUUUCACACGAACUAACAGCAAGGUGGACGGAGUUAGCUCGCUUCCGACAGCUCGGAACACGUCUGACAUCUUCCCAGCCAUCAGGUCCGAUUCCCUCCCGCGUUCAAACCCUGCUCCUCGUUCCUGCGUUUGGCAGAGGAGGACUCGCGCCAACGCCGCAGAAGGAGCGCUGUCCUUCAGGGAGGGGAGCCCGCGCUGGGGGAUUGGGGAGGGGGCUGGGCCCGCGCUUGUGAUGCUAAAACAGGCCCACAUCAUGGUUGAAAAAUUUGACUACGUCUUCCCAGAAAACGGCCUGGUAGCAUACAAAGAUGGGAAAUUCUUAAGCAAGCAGAACAUUCAGGGUCACCUGGGUGAGGACAUCCUUCAAGAUCUCAUCAACUACUGCCUGAGUUACAUUGCGAAGAUUAAACUGCCGAAGAAAAGGGGCACUUUCAUUGAGUUCCGAAACGGGAUGUUAAACGUCUCCCCCAUUGGCAGAAGCUGCAGCCAGGAAGAGCGAGUUGAGUUCUGUGAACUUGAUAAAAAAGAAGGCAUAAGAGAGAAAUUUGUAGCUGAUUUACGAAGAGAAUUUGCAGGAAAAGGCCUCACAUUUUCUAUAGGAGGCCAGAUAAGCUUCGAUGUGUUCCCGGAUGGCUGGGAUAAGAGGUACUGCUUAGGAAUCGUUGCCAACGAUGGAUACAAGACUAUUUAUUUCUUCGGAGAUAAGACUAUGCCAGGAGGGAACGACUACGAAAUCUUUACGGACUCCAGAACGCAAGGCCACAGCGUCACAUCCCCACAAGAUACCAGAAGAAUCUGCGAGGAGCUAUUUUUUAAGUAA